CAAUGUCAAUAUAAUAAUAACAUGUCAAUCCGAUGUUUGUGUUUCAUAACAAAAUUACCAAAAACAAAUAUUAACAAAAUCAAUGCGUGCAGAAGCUAUUCGAAAAAAGUGCAGAAUGCUGACAAAUCAUUCAAACCAGUGAAAAGCAGAAGGCCACAACAAGAUGGUAGCAACUUGGUUUGGAGGGACCCCAACUAUGAAAUCCUAGCCUCCAACGGUUUCCCGUUGUUUUUACCCGGUCACGUUGGAUUGGCAUGGUAUGACACCCAAACAACGAUCAAAACCCACCAUGAGCUUAUCAUGGAGCAAAUCGAUGAAACAAAGCUGGGAUCUGGUGAAAUCGAUGGAGACAUAAUAUGUCGGGUCCAAGCUUGUCCUCAGCUGCUUAGGAAGACCGUCUGUGAUUUAUUCCCCUACAAGUCUCUAGAUGAUUCUGAGUUGUCAGUCAUUACCAUCACACUCAAGCCGGACUUGGUUUUAAUGCGCAAGAACAAGGAACAGGAGACUGAACGAAUGGCCCAAGCAUUUUUAAUAGCCGCCAAAAAUGUCUGUGACAAACUGAAAUCUUCGGGUUACUGGGCCGACUUCAUAAACCCGUUCUCGGGCCGCCCCUACUUAGUUCCAACAGCAGCCAAUGAGCUGUACGAAGCAGACGAGAAGUUCAGGUGUCUGGACUUCCAAAUAUUUCAAAUCAAAAACUGCAAAAUAAUAUCCAACGAGGACACGACCAAAAAGCGGUUUACUGGGAGCCUCUUCACUAAUGCCCCAUGUAAAAAGAAUUAUUUAAAUAAUAUUUUUACGAAGAAAAUAUUUACCAGGUAGACGACUUUCAAACUUUGUUCAUGUUGUAUUUGUUGUAUUGUUAUGUUGAAAUCUU